AUGGACCCUGUGUCUCAAGCAACGAAGCUUCUUGUCCCCAACGAUACUGAUCCGGCGAAUUCGAGACUGAAAAUGCGCAAAGUGAUGGAAGAAAAACAGUUUACAUUUGACAAUUCAUUCUGGUCGCAUGAUAAAGCCGAUGGGCAUUAUGCUCACCAAGAAGACGUCUAUAAUAGCCUGGGUGAGGAGUUUCUAGAUCACAACUUCGAAGGAUACCAUACCUGCAUCUUUGCAUACGGGCAGACAGGAUCUGGAAAGUCAUACACCAUGAUGGGAACCCAAGAACAACCAGGCCUUAUCCCUCGGACAUGUCAAGAUUUGUUCCAGCGCAUCGAAGCUGUGGACGAGCCCAACAUCACAUACAAUGUCCGAGUCUCAUACUUCGAAGUCUAUAACGAGCACGUCCGAGAUCUUCUCGUCCCCAGACAAGACCCUCCGCAUUACCUGAAAAUCCGCGAAUCUCCAACAGAGGGACCGUAUAUCAAGGACCUUACAGACGCUCCUGUCAAGUCAAUCUCGGAAAUCAUGCGCUAUAUGAAGAUGGGAGACUUGAGCCGAACUACAGCAAGCACAAAGAUGAACGACACAUCAUCUCGCUCCCAUUCCGUCUUUACGAUUAUGUUGAAGCAGAUUCACCACGACAUGGACACGGAUGAAACGACCGAGAGGACGGCUAGAAUUCGCCUUGUCGAUUUAGCCGGGUCUGAACGGGCGAAAGCAACAGAGGCUACUGGCACGCGCCUCCGUGAAGGAUCCAAUAUCAACAAAUCUCUCACUACACUCGGCCGCGUUAUCGCUGCCCUCGCCGACCCCAAGAACAGCAGACACGGCGCAAGCAAGAGGAAUAAAGACGUCGUCCCCUACCGAGACUCGAUACUCACCUGGCUACUGAAGGACAGCCUCGGCGGAAACAGCAAGACGGCCAUGAUUGCCUGCAUCGCCCCAGCCGACUACGACGAGACGCUCAGCACGCUCCGGUACGCCGACCAAGCGAAGCGCAUCCGCACCAGAGCAAAGGUUAACCAAGACCACGUCUCGGCCGCGGAGCGCGAGGCCGAGAUCGCGAAUAUGGCCGAGCAGAUUCGCAUGCUGGAACAUCAACUCAGCAUGAACGAGACGCGCAAGAAGGACGUCGGUGCGGAGAAGCUGGCGGAGGAGCGGGUGGAGGAGUAUCAGAACCAGGUUGGCAAGCUGCAGCGGCUGAUGGAGGAGCGGAGUAUGGUGGCUGAUGGGAAGAUCAAGACGUUGCAGACGGAAAAUGAGGCGCUUAGGUUGCACCUUAAGCUGGCGCUGGAUACGCUGAAGAAUCCGAUUCCGGAAGUGCCGAGCGCGAGGAGGAGUAUAUCUAGUGAGAACAUACCGCUGUUCAGCACGGAUCGGGGAUUGGAUAAGGAGAAUAUGGAGUUUGUGGAUGAUGGGCAAGAAGGGCAUGCGGAGCAUGUGUAUGAGGAUGAGGAGGAGGACGACGAUCAUCAUGAGAAGGCGACGGAGAUGCAGGAUCAUAUGCAGGACUUGUUGAAGGAUUUGGGCAUGUUCAGACGCAAGAUCGUGGAUGACAAGUCGAGGUUUCUCCCGCCAUUGAUGGAGAGGAUCAACCGGUGA